AUGGGCGGAGUUGAUCAUUUUGAUCAACUACUAGAAUGCUACAAUAUAACUUGGAAGUCUCGAAGAUGGUGGAUGAAGCUCUUUUAUUAUUUUUGUGAUGCCACUAUUGUUAAUUCAUAUAUAAUGUAUACUACAACUGUUAAACUAACCUCAAACAGAGAGAAACCUUUGACUCAUUUAAUGUAUCGUUCUUUAUUAGCUGAUGAGUUAAUUGGGCAAUUUUGUAACAGAAAAGCUUUUUUACCUAAAAAAGUUAUCCCUUCAACUAAAAGAAAGCCCACAGAUGUUGGAAGGGGCCGUAUUAUAUUAGCAGGAAAUAAAAGCAGACUCCAAAAUGUGGGUAAUCACAUGCCUAUUGCUGGAAAAUAUAACCGCUGUAGGCUUUGUAGUACUAAAAAAAAUGUCAAAAGAUCAAAAAUCCACUGCCAGGAAUGUGAGGUUGCUCUUUGCUUGGAUUGUUUUUUGCCUUUUCAUUCACAAUAA